GCGAGGGGGCGGGGGGAUCAAAUAAAUGGCACGCUCCCGGCACGUGUCAACCACGCGAACAAGCAUGACUUCCCGCCAACCCCCCAGCGUGCCGGACGCCCCCCUCUUUGACAUGUGGCGCGACUAUUUGGACCUGGCCGGUCUGCUGCUGCGCAUGCGCAACGGACGACUUACGGAUGCGGAGGAUCAAAAGAAGCCGCCGCCUGCCGCGGCGCCCGCUCGCCACUCGUCCGGCAAUCUCACCGGGGGACGCAAGGGGGCGCCAGCGGACUUGUGCCACUUCUGCAGGCAGAACGGCGAGGCGGCCAACGUCUACCGAUCCCACAAACUGAAGGCGGACGACGGCAAGGUGUUGUGUCCGGUCCUGCGGAAGUACACCUGUCCCAUGUGUGACGCAACAGGAGACCACGCCCACACGCGCCGCUACUGCCCGCUCGUGCGUCAGCAGGUGAACUUCCGGCCAGCUGCCAAGUUCUGGUAGACGUCAUGAUUUUUUUUCUUGCAUAUUUCAUCAUAUUUCAAGACAUGUCAGAUUAUUUUUCAUGAAGUUUCCAGGAC